AUGACAGUGAACACAGCACAAACCACAACCUCGGGAUCCCCUCUCAGGCUCGAGCAUGCAACACUCGAGGACGUCCCAGAGUUAAUUGACGUCUGGUACGAUGCAUUUAAUACCCCAGAGAUGCUAGCCAUUUGGCCGAAUACCCCGGGUGUACGACAAUGGUGGGACCAAGCCAACCGCCACGACAUGCUACACAAGCCUCUAGAGAAAUAUCUCAAGGUUGUCGAUACAAGGAACGGUCGGAUUGCAGCAUAUGCCAAGUGGUCACUACAGACGGCUGAAGAGCGUGGUCCUCGGUUUCCCGCAUGGCACCCGGAGAUGAACCCUGAGCGUAACGACGCAUUUGUCGGAAAUAUGGAGGCCGGUCGUGCCAGGUUGGUUGGGGGAAAGAAGAAUUUCUAUCUCGAUAUGCUGUGUACGCAUACUGACUAUCAGAAAAUGGGCGCUGCUCGGAUGCUGAUUGGAUGGGGUUGUCAAAUGGCUGACCAAGAAGGGGUUCUUGCUUAUCUCGAUGCAAGUACUCAGGGUCGGCCUAUCUAUGAGAAGUUUGGAUUUGAGGAUCGAAGUGAUUCUAUAAGUGCGGCGGCUGGAUUGGCGUCUAUGAUUAGAGAGCCUCGGAAAUGA